AUGGACGCCAACCAGGUCAACUCGAGAGCGAUUCACGAUGAUGAUGCUGACCUUGUGCCCGAGUUCAACAAUCUCGAAUCGUCGGACGACAAGGCAUCAGCAGUAAAUGCCGGCGGAAAGGGCGCCACGACAGGUGAAAACGAAAAGGAGCUGUCACAACGACAAGUCAACAACGAUGACGACCUAGAGCGACAACACACAAUGAGAUCAACGGCAUCAUACCAAGAGACUUAUCCCGAGGGCGGCCUCCAGGCAUGGACCGUCGUGGCGGGCUCCUGGUUUGCCAUGAUCGCCUCCAUGGGCUUGAUGAAUAGCAUCGCCGUCUUCCAGGCCUACACACUCAGCCACCAGCUCAAGGACCACAGCGAGGGCACUGUCGGCUGGAUCUUCUCCAUUUACACCUGGCUGGCCUUCUUCGGCGGCGUCUAUAUCGGCCCCGUCUUCGACAAGUACGGGCCGAGGUGGCUGGUCAUCGCCGGAUGUGCGUGUACCGUGGGGGCCUUGAUCGGCAUGAGCUUCUGCACAGAGCUCUGGCAGUUCAUCCUAUCCUUUGGCAUCCUGGGCGGCAUGGGAACGUCACUCACUUUCACCCCGUGCAUCGCCGCAGUAGGCCAUUGGUUCAAGGCAAGACGAGGCUUUGCCACUGGGCUUGCAUCAACGGCGGGAGGCAUUGGAGGCAUCAUCUUCCCCCUCAUGCUCACCGACCUAUUUGCGCAUAUCGGCUUCGGUUGGGCCACCCGAGUGCUGGCCUUGAUAUGCCUCGUGUGCGGCCUCACAGGCAUCUGCCUCGUCCGAUCCCGUCUACCGCCGGCCAAGAACGCAACAGCUCAUCCCGAUUUCCGCAUCUUCAAACAGAUUCCCUUCCUCCUGACAACUCUGGCCAUCUUCUUGUUGGAGUUUUCCCUCUUUAUCCCCCUGGCCUACAUCGCCACCUACGCACAGGACCAGGGCUUUGGCGAUACAUUCGCCUACCACCUCUUGCCUAUCAUGAAUGCCGGCUCCGUGAUAGGCCGGGCGCUUCCGGGAUAUUACGCCGAUGUCGUCGGAGCUUUCAACGUGUGCAUGUUUUCAGUGGUGCUCUCACUGGUGUCGUGCCUGUGUGUGUGGCUGCCCCUGGGUCACACAAAGGCGGGCAUCAUCGUCUUCUCAUUGCUCUUCGGCUUCGGAAGCGGUAACAGCAUUGCCAUUGCACCGGUUUGCAUUGGUCGGAUGUGCAAGACGCAAGAGUACGGCCGAUACUAUGCCACCACCUACACCAUCGUGUCCUUUGCCUGCUUGAUCGGCAUCCCCAUUGCCGGCAGCAUCGUUCAAGCCGAUGGCGGCUCCUACACGGGGCUCAUCAUCUUCACUGGCUGCAUCUACGUGGGCUCAGCAAUCCUCCUCAUGCUUGCCAAGACAUGGCAGCUAGGCUGGAAGAACUGGCUUGCUGCGUAUUGA